CCUCUCCAAAUCCCCCAACCAAAUGCUGCAUAAUUGUUUCCAAUUAAGCAUUUUCUCUCAGUUCAUUCAAGUUUCUUUCGGAAUCACAAGGAAAAGAAAGAUCAAAGAUGUCAGUGUCUGUUCUCAUAUCUGUUGCUCAGGGUAUCCUGAAUUCCUUGAUUCCACUAGCAACUGAACAGAUCAAACUGGUUUGGGGUUUCAAGGAUGACCUGCUUGAAGAUAGGUUGAAAUUGACACAAGCUCUGUUAUGUGAUGCUGAGAACCACCGGGGACAGGUAAAUCUAAAAACCAUGCAAGUUUGGCUGAAGAAACUCAACUCUGUUGCGUGCAAUGCUGAUGACGUGCUGGAUGAACUUGCCUUUGAAGUCCUUCGACGAAAGUUAGAGGUACAAAACCGAUUCAUGAGGAACAACAAGAUUAUUUUGCAUGUGAAGCCAAAAGAAUAAUUUUGUCUAUAGUUUUGUCACAAAGAUCAUGUGCAGCACAAAAUUUGCAGGUGGUAUUCUCCCUCUAUCCCUAAUGGAUUAAGUAUGGCAUUCUUAUAAUUAGGAAGUGCUAAAUCUUUCUUUAAUGAAAGAAUUGGCACGAUCACUAUCUGAUAUUUGAAUUGAAUUAAGGUAGCUUGCUGGAAAUAGGUGCUUGAGCUGGAACUCUCGCAUCAGUUGGAUCAGCUUACGCUAUUGGAAGGGCCAAGUGCUUUUGAGUUAGCAAAGCUAAAACAAACAUGAAAAAAAUCAAGUACAGCUCAAGAUUUGCGGUUGGUGUUCUAAUUCAGUCUGUUUCAGAAUCUAAUAUUUGUGUUACCCAAUCAUUUUGAUAUUCCCAUUUCAAUUGGGAGCCAAUAAAACAUAUGAAAAUUGCAUAUUCGAUGUCUUGAAUUUUGAAUUAUGUGAAGCUUACUCUUGGAUCUUAGUUU